AUGCCGCAUUCGAAGAUGACGGCUGAAUCGGAGGGCCCAAAUGCGAUAGCUACAGCCCCUAUCGCCCCGGAGAAGAGCUUGUCACUUGAAGCUGUCCUGCGCCGCCUCUUCCUCAGCUCCGCAGCGUGUAAAGUAUGGACGGCUGGACACAGAUGGGGUAAAUUCAUUGAGGCAAUAUGCGUUGUGCUCAUUAUGCUGCUUUGCCUGUCUACGCGCCUGUUCCCAUCUAUACGAGGCGAAGCAACAAUAUACGACUUUGACCCGUAUUUCAAUCACCGAACCACCAAGUAUCUUGCCAGGGAAGGCUUCAGCGAGUUCUGGAACUGGUAUGAUGAUGGGUUGAUGACGACAUCCUACUUCAUCCACAAGGUCCUGUGCUUUCUCGGUUUCCAAGUCAGCGUAUCUGACGUAUCUGUGUAUCUCCCACCAGCAUUUGCUUGCUUGACAGCCAUUGUCGUUCACUGCUUCACCAAGCACGCCAGCGGAUCUCGAACAGCGGGUCUGUUUGCUUCCUUAUUUAUCGGGGUAUCGCCUGCCUACGUCAAGACGUCCUUGGUGGGAUCCUAUGAUAACGAGUGCAUCGCAAUAUUUGCAAUGCUGUCGGGGUUCUACAUGUGGACUCGGGCGGUUCAGAGGGGUUCAAUGCUCUCAGCCCUACUAGCAGCUAUACCGUCUGCAUACAUGGUUACAGCUUGGGGCGGUUAUGUGUUCCUGAUCAAUGCAGUUGCUGUUCACAUGGUCGCUCUCUGCGUGCUUGGGUUAAUGACCCCCAGGCACCAGCUGGCAUAUGUUGUGUUCUACGUAAUCCUUACUGCAUUUUGUGUGAACAUUCCCUUCCUAAAUCUCACCCCACUUUGGAGUUCGGAGCACAUGGCGAGCCACGCAGUCUUCGUGCUUGUCAGUGUAUUUGCGAUAGUUCGCUUCACCUCAGCGCUCCUUCCAAAGGCGUCUGUGAAGCACCUUCAGAUGUGGGUCCUAGGGCUAACUGGAGCGCUGAUAUUUGUCGUUAUAGCCAUACUAGCUCUUACGGGCAAAACAGCUUGGUCGCCGAGGUCUCUGACCUUGCUUGACCCAACUUACGCGAGCAAGCAUAUUCCUAUCGUAGCAUCAGUAUCAGAGCACCAACCAACGACAUGGACGACGUACUUUCUUGACCUUCACGUGAUAAUAUUUCUUGCUCCCUUAGGAUUGAUCAUAUCUCUUCGACGAGGAGAAGGGCUGUUUUUUAUUGGCCUGUAUGGGGUCCUCGCUUGCUAUUUUUCAGCUGUCAUGAUCAGGUUGAUGCUUGUUCUCUCCCCCGCUGCGUCGAUGCUCGCUGGGGUUGGAGCAUCACUAUUCGUAACUGGAGUUCUUUCCCGCUUGCCUAGAGCCCAUUCCGAAGACAAAUGUGCGCGGGAAGAGUCGGCAAACAUGAGGACCGCAAACUCCAAUGGCUUUAAGCUCCCCUUAACUGUUGGCUUGCCUGUGCUACUGGCAUUCUUUUGGCUUUGUGUUAUGUACGUCGGGCAGUUCGUGUUCACAGGAGGCCCUAUCGGCCGCACCAACACGCCUAAACCUGAUGAUUUCCGUGAAGCUUACAACUGGCUUCGUCAAAAUACCCACCCGAAGGCGCGAGUUAUGGCCUGGUGGGACUAUGGAUAUCAAGUAUCUGAAGUCGGGAAUCGGACUGUUUUUGUGGACAACAAUACCUGGAACAGCACUCACAUCGCAACAGUUGGACUCGCAUUUGCUUCAGAAGAAUCCGAAGCUUAUGCAAUCGCCCAAGACUUGGAUGUGGAUUAUAUCUUCGUAGUGUUUGGUGGCAUGGCGCGUUUUGCAAGUGAUGACCUCAACAAGCUGAUUUGGAUGGUUCGCAUAGCGUCUGGCGUGUACCCAAAUCUCCAGCAGUCUGCUUUCUUGGGUCCCAGAGGACAGUUCACUGUGGGAAGAGAUGCUCCACGGGCAUUGACAAGAAGCCUUAUCUAUAAACUCAGCUACCAACACUUCGGCAGUGCUACGAAGGGCUUCGACUUCGCCAGGAAGACACCAGUAGACGCGACGGGUAUUCAGUUGAGACAUUUCCAGGAGGUCUAUACUUCGGAAAACUGGAUCGUUCGCAUCUACAAGGUUCGCAAGACAGACAAUCGGGAUACAAAAAUGAUCAACGCCAUCGAAAGUGGGUUUCAAUAG